AUGCCGAAACCUAAAUCGGGGCUACUUGAUGGCCACGUCAAAGGUUAUCCAAAGCUGGCCCGUCAAAUGGGCGUUUUUCCGGAAUCUGCUAUCUUCCGUAGCUUUGGUGCACUGAACGCGAAGAACUUGCUAUACCUGCAGGCGGAACUGACAUACUUGGAAGAGGCUUUACGAGACAUGGAAGUCAAAGACAACGCCAGUGCACAAGGGGAGAAAGCCCGGUAUUCUAGCGACUGGUUCUGGCUCGAAGUUUCAGCACAGGAAAGGGAUGGCGACGCAUCACAACUGAGCCUCAUCCUCAAGAUUCGAGAGAAGCUCAGGGAGUACAACGAGACAUUGUACUAUCAGGCAGUGAUUUACAAGCUCGAGCCUCCGGAUUACUUCGAUCUCAAAGAUGUCCAGGGCUUCAUUCGCAGCCCGGAGAUGGAAUUGCCGUUGGUUGGUCCGGACAGAAAUAUCUGGGGUAAAUACAAUGAUCCCACUGCUCACGCAGACGAUGGCUUGAUUGCUCUAUGCCCACGACAGCGAACCGAUGCGUUCUCAAGCAAGCUGUCUGAACACGCGGUCUAUGUGAUGCACUUCUUCAAGCGCAUUUUCGGGAAAGUCAAAAAGGGAAGCGUCACCUACGGUUAUCGCGACACUACAGUCUCCACGAUCACGUUUUGGGUUACAAGUAUGGUCGCAUCAGCAAUGCCUGUCAUAUCUAUCAUCGCGCUGGUGUAUAUUCCCACGCUGAAAGUGCGUUUGGCGGCUAUCGCUGGCUUCAACGCAUUGAUGUCGCUAUGUUUGCUCAUGUUCACGGAAGCAAGGAGGAUUGAUGUCUUCUCUAUCACUGCAGCGUAA